AGACCCAUUUGAUAAUCUUGAGUUAAAAACUAUUGAUGAGAAGGAAGAACUGAGAAACAUUCUGGUAGGAACCACUGGACCCAUUAUGGCUCAGUUAUUGGACAGUAACUUGCCCAGAGGUGGCUCUGGAUCUGUGUUACAGGAUGAAGAAGUCCUGGCAUCCUUGGAGCGGGCAACACUAGAUUUCAAGCCUCUUCAUAAACCCAAUGGCUUUAUAACCUUACCACAGUUGGGCAACUGUGAAAAGAUGUCGCUGUCUUCCAAAGUGUCCCUCCCCCCCAUUCCUGCAGUAAGCAAUACCAAAUCCCUGUCCUUCCCCAAACUUGACUCUGAUGACAGUAAUCAGAAAACAGCCAAGCUGGCAAGCACUUUCCAUAGCACAUCCUGCCUCCGCAAUGGCACGUUCCAGAAUUCCCUAAAGCCUUCCACCCAAAGCAGUGCCAGUGAGCUCAGUGGGCAUCAGAGUCUUGGGCUUUCAACUUUGAACUUGGACAGUGGCACAGAAAUGCCAGCCCUGACCCCUUCUGAUAUGAUAUCCCAGAUGCCUUCCCUCUCUGUCUUGUCUGUGUGCACAGAAGAAUCAUCACCUCCAAAUACAGGUUCCACGAUUCUCGACUAUCUCUUUGUACAUGGACAGCUCUGUGAGAAGGGCUUCGACCCUCUUUUAGUGGAAGAGGCUCUGGAAAUGCAUCAGUGUUCAGAGGAAAAGAUGCUGGAGUUUCUUCAGUUAAUGAGCAAAUUUAAGGAAAUGGGUUUUGAACUGAAAGACAUUAAGGAAGUUCUGCUAUUACACAACAAUGACCAGGACAAUGCUUUGGAAGACCUCAUCAUUUCAGUCUUAAUGACUAAAUGA